GAUAGGUACAGUACAAAUUAGAAUUUUCAUUCAAAUUAAUUAUUAUUACUAAACCUUGUUAUACUUCGACGUUUUAUACGGCUAAUAUAACAGUAGCUGUAGUCUUGUAGACCUUAAACCUAUUUCUUUUUUUAAUUAUAUUGUUUAUAUUAUUUUAAUUAUAAGAUAUUAUAUUCUUCGUUUGGAAUAUCUGUAUCCAAUGAAUCGGCAAAACGAUAUCUGCAAGGUAGUAACAUUAGGAGAUUCUGGUGUCGGAAAAACAUGCUUAUUGCAAAAGAUAAAGUAUGGAACAUAUAAUAAUGAAAAUUCGAUGACCAUAGGAAUCGAUUGUUUACAUAAAACUGUUGAUUUGGGAAAUAAAUUAAUUACACUAGAACUGUGGGAUACAGCUGGACAAGAGAGAUUUGAUGCUAUGAAUAAGUUAUAUAUAAGAAAUGCAAUGUGUAUAUUACUUCUCUACGAUAUUACUAAUGAGGAGUCGUGUUUUAAACUGAACAAGUGGUGUGAUUUGAUUGAUGAGCAAGCACCAAGUGAUGUAAUCAAAAUUUUGGUUGGUAAUAAAUGUGAUAAACGUACCAGAAUGAUUUCAACUGAAAUCGGGCAAUCGGUAGCUGAUUAUUUAAAAAUGCCAUUUAUAGAGCUAUCGUUGAAAGAAGAUGUCAAUGUAGAUGAAUUAAUGGAUUUAAUGUUGGUAAUGUUAGUACAAUUACUAGAAAACCGAAAAAUUUUAUUAGAAGAAAAAAGAUUACAAGAUGCAUUCCGUAUUUCGCAAAGAGACUCCGAAAUCAAUGAACAAAGCGGCUGGGAAUGGUUACGCCAAUACUGUUCUUAUAUUUAAACUCUUCAAGUUUAAAUUUAUAUUUACUCGUCAACUAUUACUUAUAGUAAAAUAUAUUUUUAAAUAAUGUAUGAUAUGUACCAAAUGUAUAGUUUUCCAGUACUAAUUACAGAUUUUCUAAGCUAUUAUUUUUAAGUAAAUUUAACUUAACGACUUGGCAAAGAGAACUAAAAGAUUUUAUGAUUUC